AUGGGUGGCAUUGGGGAAGGAACGGCUGGGGGACCACAAGAUGGCACCGAAGAGGACAUGGAGGAUGUACUAGUAGCUCUUGGGCACUAUGUUAGAAAAACAGAAGACGAAAGGGGAGACUCGAAAAAGAUCUUCCCAGGAAACUCGUUGCAAAUGGAGAAGGCACUUAAAUACCUUACCGAAAAGCAAUGCCUCUCUAUAAGAGGGCUACUGAACAAGUGUACCUCUAGCCGCAUGGCCCAAGCAUUGAAUCCUAUGUCUGAGUCUGAGAUGCACUAUUACCUAGGCCUUUCAUAUGAAAAAGGCCUUUUUGGAAUAAGGAGAGACUGCAGAAAGGCAUUUAGGCAUUAUCUAAUAUCUGCGCAGCUUGGAAGCCCCACAGGAACCUUCAAGGUUGCGCAAUGCUAUGAGAAGGGGGUAGGAAAGAAAAGGAACACCAGAAAUGCAUUGCAUUUUUAUAGAUGCGCAGCAAAGCUUGGGCUGGUGGAUGCAAUGCAUACCUACGGAGUGAUUAUCCUGUUUGGAAACAUAGAAAAUGAUAGUGAUCUGGAGACAGGGUACUUCUACCUAAGGCUGGCAGCAAGAAAAGCAACGCAUACCUAUCCAUAUGCCCUUUAUGAUCUUGCAAGGUGCUAUGAAAGAGGUAAAGGGCCAGAUAUCAUAUCUCCAGAUGACUCCUAUGCAUUCAAACUCUACCUAAAGGGUGGGUCUUUAGACUGUCCCAACUGUCAAUUUAGGGUUGGAAGAUGCUUUGAGAACGGAGAGCUAGGGCAGGAAAAAGACGUUGUAAGGGCCUUAGAGUGGUAUGCUAAGGCGGCAGACCUUGGGCAAUCUGAUGCACAGCUAAGACUCUCGGCCUUGUUUUUGAAUGGCUUUGAAAGCAUAGUUGAGAAGAAUCAUAGACUGGCAUUUAAGUUUGGUCUCAGAGCAGCUAUAGGGGAAAAUGUUUCUGCUGCGUAUCUGGUUUCUGAUUUCUAUAAGCAGGGAGUAGGAGUCAAGAGAAAUGCUUUAUUAUCCCUCUGGUGGGGCAGAAUAGCAGAGGAGCUUGGGAUGGACCAAGGAAAUCACCCAGUUGAAAGAAUAAAGAUAAUAAUCCCCGAUGAGGAUGCAGGUAGAGAACAGCUUGAUUUUGAAGACGGGGUGGUGACUGGACUUAUAAAGGCUCAAUAG